CCUCUGGUCUUCCUUUUGUUGACUGAAUAGGCCCUAGGACACCUCUUUGAAAAGACUCCGCAGUGUUCAAAAUCACUCCUACAAUCAGAUUCUCUCUUCACAAUGGAUCUCAGUGCUGCACAUCACCGCAUACCUCUAAGUGAUGGAAACAGCAUUCCCAUAAUCGGACUUGGUACCUACUCAGAACCUAAAUCAACCCCUAAGGGAGCCUGUGCAAUAUCGGUGAAGGUUGCUAUCGACAUAGGGUACCGACACUUUGAUGGGGCCUACGUCUACAAAAAUGAACAUGAAGUUGGGGAGGCCAUCAGGGAGAAGAUAGCAGAAGGCAAGGUGCAGAGGGAAGACAUCUUCUACUGUGGAAAGCUAUGGGCUACAAAUCAUGUCCCAGAGAUGGUCCGCCCAUCUCUGGAGAGGACACUCAGGGUCCUCCAGCUAGAUUACGUGGAUCUUUACAUCAUUGAAUUACCCAUGGCCUUUAAGCCAGGAGAUGAAGUAUACCCUAGAGAUGAGAAUGGCAACUGGUUAUAUCACAAGUCAAAUCUGUGUGCCACUUGGGAAGCUAUGGAAGCUUGCAAAGAUGCUGGCUUGGUGAAAUCCCUGGGAGUGUCCAAUUUUAACCGCAGGCAACUGGAGCUCAUCCUGAACAAGCCAGGACUCAAACACAAGCCAGUCAGCAACCAGGUUGAGUGCCAUCCAUAUUUCACCCAGCCAAAACUCCUGAAAUUUUGCCAACAACAUGACAUUGUCAUUAUUGCAUAUAGCCCUUUGGGGACCAGUAGGAAUCCAUUCUGGGUGGAUGUUUCUAUUCCUCCUUUGUUAAAGGAUACACUUCUAAACUCACUGGGGGAAAAGUACAAUAAGACAGCAGCUCAAAUUGUUUUGCGUUUUAACAUCCAACGAGGGGUGGUUGUCAUUCCUAAAAGCUUCAAUCCCGAAAGGAUCAAAGAAAAUUUUCAGAUCUUUGACUUCUCUCUCACUGAAGAAGAAAUGAAGGAUAUUGAAGCCUUGAAUAAAAAUGUCCGCUUUGUACAAUUGCUCAUGUGGCGCGAUCAUCCUGAAUACCCAUUUCAUGAGGAAUACUGACUGCAGGGAGUUCCUGAACAGAUUUUUCUCUCCCACGAGUGCCAAGACUGUGGGAUGGGUAGUCCCCCAGAUGUGAAAAUGAAAGGGGUUUUACCAUCCUGAGGUGAAAUAAUGAUGGAAAUGUGUUUAACGUUUGUGUCGUGUCAGUGACUUUGAACUAGUCACAUUGAAGUAAAAAUAUUAAAAUCUAUUGAAAUAACUCUUA